AUGACGAGAGCGCGAACCGCGACUACGUCAGGUUAUAGACGAUGCGAAUGGAUGACGGGGGGAGGUAAAUAUGGAGGGAGUCCGGGAACGGACAGAACGUUGAAUUGGGACAAGCUAGCAGCGUUCCCGGAUGGCGAUCUCUUACGGGGGGGAGGACGGGCGGGCGGAUAUUGGAGGAUGAAGAUGAUGAUGGGAGGAGGUGCAGAAACAAGAAAUGAGAAGCGGAUCAAGGUGUUCAGCCACAGCAACGCAAGAGUGGGUGGGUGGGUAUGCCGGUGGAAUGACAUCGCUGACUCCGGGAGCUUAGGGGUUGCCAUGGUAAGUCAACGCCUCGACGCUGGGUGA